UUUCUUUGAAACAAUAACGAAAAACUUAAAACUUUGUGUUAUAGAUAGCAUCGUCUGGAGUUUCGAUUUUUUUCGGCUGUUCAGUUUAAUUUGUUGUUUUUGAUUAAUUGAAAUUUCUUGUCUCAGACAAAAAAACUCCCAUUAAUUUCUGUUCUUAAUUUUUUUAUAAACUAAAGUGAUAAUGUUUAAAACUUUGCCUGGCAUCUUUAUGCAAAUUGUAUUAAAUUUAUGGUUUAAAUUAUUAAAACGUGGAGUAAAAUAUAAACGCUAAUAAAUGGAAGAGUGAUCAUUCUAUUUGAACAUUACACAUAUAACGGAAUUUUUAUAAAAUGGAUCCUCCUGUUAAAAAAAAUAUUCCAUCACAUCAUCAUCAUCAGCAGCAGCAGCAAUUGCCACAUAAAGUAUACAAAGAAAAAUAAUAUAAAAAAAAGAGUUCCUGUCAAAUCAAUUGCUGCUUGGUUGAUUAAAAGUAAUGAAUUAUUAAGAAAAUCAACAAAUCUGACAUUGUCGUCGUAUCAAAAGCAACACGUACUGACUGAGAGAGUCCUUAUUAAAAACGAAACGAAAUCAAAAAUCAAACCUACCUCACAAAAAAAAAAAAAAAACAAAAAGAAAAAAACGAAACCAAGCAGCCAAGCAACUAAACCAACACACGAACAAACAUACAAAUUGUAUUCAACCAGGCCAGUCCAGUCCAGUCCCCCCUCAGUCAUUAAGCCAAGCAUCGAACAAUUCAGUCAACUGGCCAAAAAGCAACCAGCUGUAUACAAAUUUCAUUUCGUUCAGUUUGGAAGUUGAACGUUUUUUUUUGUUCCUUUAUAUUUUAUUUUAAAUAUUAACGUUAUGACUUGAAGGCCAGACACAUUAUUCAACCAGCCAAUCUUUUUGUUGUUGUUGUUGUUAUUGUGAAUUUCGUUUAAAAUCUCCUUGCUUACAAAAAAAACGAAACCAGCAUUAAAUCUCUCGAAAUUAUACAUCCAUCCAGUCCAGUCAAUUCAUCUACAACAGCUUUUCUUUUUUUUUUUCUUACAACUUUGGCUGGUGGGUUUUGUUUUUUUUUUCUUCAUUUUGGCCAUUCGCCAGAGAAAAGUUAAAAAUAAAUAUUGAAAAAAAAAAAUAGGAAAAACUAGUUUUAGUUUUUUGCAACCAACAAAUAUCAGCUUUAACCAAAAGUAAAAAUUAGUAACAUUAAAAACACAUUUUCAAAUCAGUGGAAGUAUUCUGGCCACCAAUCUGUUCUGUCCGUUUGUAUCUAUUCAUCUUGGCAUCAUCAGCAUCAUCAUCAUCAUUGUUAUUUUGUUCCUGUAAAACACUUUUGCCAUGUCCGCUUCAAUAUUGGCAUUAUCGUCCUCUAAUGGUAACGGAAAUAACACUACUAAUAACAAUGGCAACAAUUCUGGCAGCACUGGCAACCCUACAACAGCAGCUACUGCACCAAAUGGUACUAAUCGUGAAUUUGUUGAAGGUUGGACAUUGGCACAAACAUUGGGUGAAGGUGCAUAUGGCGAAGUAAAAUUGUUGAUUAAUCGUCAAACCGGUGAAGCUGUUGCUAUGAAAAUGGUCGAUUUGAAAAAACAUUCGGAUGCUGUUCUAUCGGUACGUAAAGAAAUUUGCAUACAGAAAAUGCUACAGGACCAACAUAUACUACGAUUUUUCGGUAAUCGUUCACAUGGUCAUAUCGAAUAUAUAUUUUUGGAAUAUGCUGCCGGUGGUGAAUUAUUUGAUCGUAUUGAACCCGAUAUUGGCAUGCCACAGCAUGAAGCACAACGUUAUUUCACACAAUUACUAUCGGGAUUGCAGUAUUUGCAUCAACGUGGCAUUGCACAUCGUGACUUGAAGCCAGAAAAUUUACUAUUGGAUGAACAUGAUAAUAUAAAAAUAUCCGAUUUUGGAAUGGCAACCAUGUUUAGAUGUAAAGGCAAAGAACGUCUGUUAGAUAAACGCUGCGGUACAUUACCGUAUGUGGCUCCUGAAGUGCUCUUAAAACCCUACCAUGCACAGCCUGCUGAUAUUUGGUCAUGUGGUGUUAUCUUAGUGACAAUGUUAGCUGGUGAGCUGCCCUGGGAUCAACCUUCUGUCCAGUGUCAGGAAUUUAUCAAUUGGAAGGAUAAUGAUCGUUGGUCCACGCAAACUCCCUGGAGUAAAUUGGAUACUUUGGCUAUAUCACUGCUGCGCAAAGUUUUAGCUACAAAUCCCACUUAUCGUUUGUCAUUGGAUAAAAUUUUAGAUCAUAAAUGGUGUAAUAUGCAAUUUAUUGAUAGUGAUCGUUCACGUGAUUUGGUUGAUUCUGCUGCUGCCUUAGAGAUACGCUCACCCAAAGCCAAACGUCAAAGACAAAUGUCUAGUCAUCACAGUAGUCAUAAUAUGGAUGAUUCCAUAUCACGUAAUUAUUGCUCACAACCUAUGCCGAUAGUUAAACAUGAUUUCGAAGCUCCCGCCAAACAACAAGAGGCCAAUAUACAUCCAGCUGCCCAAGAACAUCGUCUUGGUUUCUGUUUCUCCCAACCCGCCAUGUUGGAUGAUCUACUGCUGUGCACACAAAUGAAUCAAACACAAUCUGCUUCGCAAAAUGUAUUCCAACGUUUGGUACGGCGUAUGACACGUUUCUUUGUGACACUACGCCAGGAGGAUACCAUUAAACGUCUGGUCACUACCAUCGAACGUCUCGGCUAUACCUGUAAAAUUAGUGAAGAUAAUCUGGUGGUCACUAUCUCGACCAUAGAUAGACGCAAAUUACGUUUAGUAUUCAAGGCACACAUUAUCGAAAUGGAUGGUAAAAUCUUACUCGAUUUCCGCUUAUCGAAAGGUUGUGGUCUAGAGUUUAAGCGUCGCUUUAUUAAAAUUAAACAAAUUAUGGAGGAUGUUGUACUCAAGGGACCCGUUACCUGGCCCAUAGCAAUUGCCACCAAUUGUGUGCCUUAAAAUGUAUUUUCUCGUUUCUCUAUUUUAAAUUUAUUUGCUUUGUUUUAAUUUAAUUUAUAGUUUAUAGUUGUAACGUCUCUUUUUGUUUCAUUAUGAUUGUUUUUGAUUAUGUCUUUUAUUCUUAAAACUUUUCUUUAACUUAUUGAUGUUUUAUUCAAAAAGAAAGGAAUUGCCUUAAAUGGAACCAUUGUUUUUAGCUUAAGUAGGUAGAUAAACAUUGAUAUUUUUUUUCAAAAUAAAAAUGACUUUUUUAAUAAAUUUUGUAAAAAAAAUUGAUGAAU